CCCGUGAGUCGAGCGUGACGCUCUUCCGGUCUGUAGAAACGCCACCGCGGAAAAUGAACAACAAUGGCGGCGGCUGCUAGUGAGGACCUAAAGCGUAAAGCAGACGACCACCACGGUGGAGAUGGAGAAGCGGGCGAGGAAGAUGAGGAAUGGGUCGGGCCCAUGCCGAGCGAAGCCCAGCAGACCAAGAAAAGGAAAGUGCUGGAAUAUGAGCGAGUCUAUCUGGACAACCUCCCGUCUGCUGCCAUGUAUGAACGCAGCUACAUGCACAGAGAUGUGAUCACUCACAUUGUGAGCUCCAAGACAGACUUUGUAAUCACAGCCAGCCAGGAUGGACAUGUCAAGUUCUGGAAGAAGAAGGAGGACGAGGGAAUAGAGUUUGUCAAACACUUUCGCAGUCAUCUCGGUGUGAUUGAAUGCAUUGCCGUCAGUGCUGAAGGAGCCAUUUUCUGUUCUGUUGGUGAUGACCAGGCGAUGAAAGUGUUUGAUGUCAUUAACUUUGACAUGAUCAAUAUGCUGAAGCUGGGCUUCCACCCAGGCCAGUGUGAAUGGAUUUACAACCCUGGAGAUGCUAUUUCCACUGUGGCCUGCUCAGAAAAAUCCACCGGGAAGAUCUUUGUCUACGAUGGACGGGGGAGCAACCAGCCCCUCCACACCUUUGACAAGAUGCACUCCUCGCCACUGUCCCAAAUCCGCCUCAAUCCCAAAUUUAGGGUCAUCGUAUCUGCUGAUAAAGCUGGGAUGCUGGAAUACUGGACUGGCCUCCCAAAUGAAUUCAGGUUCCCCAAACAUGUGGGUUGGGAAUACAAAACAGACACAGACUUGUAUGAAUUUGCAAAAAACAAAACCUAUCCCACCAGUCUUGCGUUUUCCCCUGAUGGAAAGAAGAUGGCCACUAUCGCCUCUGAUCGGAAAGUCAGGAUCUUCCGCUUCCUGACAGGGAAGCUCAUGAGGGUGUUUGAUGAAUCUUUAACAAUGUUCACAGAGCUGCAGCAGAUGAGGCAGCAGCUGCCUGACAUGGAGUUUGGGAGGCGGAUGGCUGUCGAAAGGGAACUGGAGAAGGUAGACGGCAUCCGUUUGACUAACAUCAUCUUUGAUGAGACGGGCCACUUUGUCCUUUAUGGGACCAUGCUGGGCAUCAAGGUCAUCAAUGUUGAAACCAACAGAUGUGUGCGGAUCCUUGGAAAGCUGGAGAACAUUCGAGUGGUGCAGCUGAGCCUUUUCCAGGGGAUUGCAAAGGCCGCCAAAGUGGCACCCACCAUUGAGAUGAAGGCAUCUGACAACCCUGCCUUAGAGAACUCGGAGCCCGAUCCCACCAUCUUUUGCACAGCAUUUAAGAAGAAUCGCUUCUACAUGUUCUCAAAGAGGGAACCGGAGGAUACCAAGAGUGCAGAGUCGGACAGAGACAUCUUCAAUGAGAAGCCCUCAAAGGAAGAGGUGAUGGCUGCCACACAGGCUGAGGGACCCAAGAGGGUGUCUGACAGCGCCAUCAUCCACACCACCAUGGGAGACAUCCACAUCAAGCUCUUCCCUGUUGAAUGCCCCAAAACUGUGGAGAAUUUCUGCGUUCACAGCAGGAAUGGUUACUACAAUGGCCACAUAUUCCACAGAGUGAUUAAGGGCUUCAUGAUUCAGACGGGAGACCCCACGGGCACCGGCAUGGGAGGAGAGAGCAUCUGGGGAGGAGAGUUUGAGGAUGAGUUUCACGCCACUCUCAGACAUGACCGGCCUUACACACUGAGUAUGGCUAACGCAGGCCCUGGCACCAACGGCUCACAGUUUUUCAUCACUCUUGUACCCACUCCUUGGCUUGACAACAAGCACACUGUGUUUGGAAGGAGCACAAAAGGCAUGGAGGUUGUCCAGAGGAUCUCCAGCGUCAAAGUUAAUCCCAAGACUGACAAACCGUAUGAGGAUGUCAGCAUCAUCAACAUCACCAUCAAGUGAUCAUGCUUCUUUGUCAUCAUGUCCUGUACAAUGACCUUUUUCUACCAAGCAGUUAUUAAAUAAUGUUUGCUAAAGUCUG